UCUCAUCUCAAUAUGGACACACCUCUACCAGACACUCAUUGUCAUCUCAGUAGGAGCGGCGUUCAUUGUGGCAUUGCACCGUCUGGUGUUUACAGAGGGAAUGACAAGCACUCUCAUCUUCAUUCGGACCCGUUGGGCCGCUCGCUGCCUCUGUUCUUAUAUCCGGCCCGUGUGGAACAGGGAGUUUACGAUUGCGGUGGGGCGACGCUGCUGUCGUACCUGCCGCCGUUCCAUGCCGGUUUGGGCAUGUAUGAAUGUCCGUUCGAGCCGGCAUUCAUCCAGAAGCGAAACGAGAGGGAACGUCAACGUGUGAAGUGUGUGAACCAGGGAUACGCCAAACUUCGUGACCACCUGCCCAACGGCACGGCGGACAAACGGCUGAGCAAAGUGGAAACGCUACGGGCUGCCAUCCGCUAUAUAAAAUACUUACAGAGUUUGGUGGAGAAACCAGAGAGAGGAGAGGAGAAUGUAGGAGCGGCUUCACCUCUGUCUUUCUCUGACACCUCCUCUGAGGAGUCUGCUGGGAGUUAAAAGACAUUCAGACUCACCGAAGGGCACAAGGGUCAAUGCACCCAAAAAAGCCCUGAAAUCAACACUGCACCCUAUUGAACUGAACUCUCAGUGCUCAUGUCAA